AUGGAAGGGGCAGAGAAGAAAGAAAUUCUCAUUGAGGAAAGAGAUGGAACCGGAAGAAUCACCCACCGCUGGCUGCACAACACCGAGUCGCAAAAAAUAACACAAGUGCGCCCGUCUCACCAAAACACCAUCCCGACUCUCACCACUGCCCUCACAACCUCAACGACAGCCGGGCUUGCCAACAUGCGUCAAAUCCUAAACGACGCAUUCUUGCCAAUCGGCUAUCCGGAAUCGGUGACUCCCGAUUACAUUGGCUACCAGACCUUCGACUCCCUCCAGGCCUUCUUCUCCACGAUCACUGGCCUCCUCGCCAAUCGCGCCAUCCUCCAAGGCCUCGGUGUCGGCGACGCGUCCUCGUCCGCCACCUAUGCCCUGCUCCUGACGAUCCUCAAGGAUGGCAUCUCCCGCGUCGCUACAAUCGUCUUCGCCUACCGCUUCGGCCUGGUCAUCGAGCCAGAGUGCAAGAGAUACCGCUACCUCGCUGAUAUUUUCAACGAUAGCGCCUUCUUCCUUGACCUCUUCAGCCCCUACUUUGACCCCUGGACCAAAGUCCUCGCCCUCGUGCUCGCAGAAGCUCUCCGCGCAAUGUGCGGUGUCGCCGCCGGCGCCAGCAAGGCCGCUCUCUCCAAGCACUUUGCCCGCCGCAACAACCUCAGUGAGCUCAACGCAAAGGAGGCAUCACAGGAGACCGCUGUCGGCCUUGUCGGUCUGCUCGUAGGCUCUAUCGUUGUGCGCUACGUCGAGAGUAGGGAGGCAGUCUUUGCGCUCAUGGUCGCGCUCGUCUUUGUUCAUCUCGGCAUGAAUUACCUUGGUGUCCGCUGCGUCCAGCUCAACGUCCUCAACCAGCAACGCACCACGAUCCUCUUCAAGCACUACCUGCAGACGAAGCGCGUGCUUUCCCCCGCCCAGGUCGCCGUGCGCGAGAGCAUUGUCUUCUGGACCCCCGUCGUCAAGGAUCAUCGCGGAGAGGUGAUUACCAAGAUUAGCUUCGCCAAGAGCUAUGCCCAUGCCAUGACUGCGGACCUCAAGAGCGCCCGCGUCCGCUUUGUCAUGCCCAUGUACAAGGAAGAUCACAAUCAGCAGUCAACCGAGAAGGGAGGUCAGAAAGCUCACCCGGAUUUCAUCCUUUGCCUCUGCGAGAGAGGAGACAUGGCCACCGUCAGAAUCCUGCUUCUGGGAGACCGCUCCCCCAUGGAGGCAAACGAUAUCAAUACCCUCAGGGCGUGGUACUACGCCACCAUGCUUGCCCACGACAGAACUCUGGGGUCGAAGGCUGGCAACAAGAAGCUUGUUCUCGGCGCUAUUUCCGUGGACGAGAUUGAGAUGGGCGAAAGCACCGAUGUGUUGGACUUCAAGGCGCUUGAGGAGGCGGGCUGGGAUGUCAAUGAGGCCAACCUGGACGCCUUUGCUCCACGUAUCAGCAUCGGAUUCGAAGACAAGAAAGAGCUGUAA